AUGGUGUCUGCUCCAGAUUUUAUGAAAUCUUUUUGUAAGACGCUUGAACAAAAUCCAAAUAAAUCGGCAAGUUUGGCUGCUAUUGAAAUACUUCACGAUGUUUUGGAUAAAAGCCAAGCGACAACAGUAACGGAACUUCAAAAAGAGCUUGAAGGUGUUGUACAAGCAAUGCAGAAGACGGAUUAUAGCUCAACAUCGAUUAGAAGUGCUACAGAUCUGUUCAGAAGGUUCAUUUCGCUCGCGCCAGCAGAUCUUCUGGAUCAAGCCGAUUUUUCAAAAUUACUUGAAUAUUACCGAAAACGAGGAUGUAGCUUUAUUGAGCGUGUCAGCCGUUCUAGAUCUUUAAUUUCAAAAUAUUCCAGGCCCUUCUUUCGAAACAAUAUUAAUAUUUUGACACACUCUUAUAGUAAAGUAAUUUUGGAAGCUAUGAGAGAUGCGCAAAGUUCGGGAGUGAAAUUCCAUGUAUGGGUGACCGAAUCACAACCAGAUGCUUCUGGCAAGCGAAUGUUUGAAGAACUGAAGAAGUUGGGAAUUCAAACUACUUUGAUUCUGGACAGUUGUGUCGGAUAUAUAAUGGAACGAAUGCAGAUGGUUGUUGUUGGUGCAGAAGGUGUCAUGGAAACCGGUGGAAUUAUCAAUAAGAUUGGAACGUUAAAUGUUGCAAUUGUUGCUAAAACGAUGAAUGUUCCGGUAUUUGUGAUGGCUGAAAGUAUUAAAUUUGUCAAAGAAUAUCCUCUUAAUCAAGCUGACAUCCCCAAAGAGUUUAAAUAUCGAACAUCGGUUAUAGAGAACAAAGAUUUGAAUGUUGAGCAUCCUGAAGUCGAUUAUACUCCACCGCAGUAUUUGAAUCUUCUUAUCACGGAUCUUGGUAUUCUUCCACCAGCUGCUGUUGGAGAAGAGCUCGUUAAAUUAUACAUAUGA